AUGUCCGUCGGUUGCUGCUACGAGAAAGGAUAUCGGAGAGCCGAUGCAUCGCUAUUCCCUUCUGUACCACUAGCCGCCGUCGCCGCGCGAGUUGGAUAUUAUCGGCAGACGAUGGUCGGGUUGGGCGGAAAGCUCCGGUGGCACCUUGAUCCGCCGUUCAACUUUAACAGAUACAAAUCGGCUCCGGCAUCGAGCGCCUCCGGCGAUGGAUUGUCCGACACGGCCGCUGCUGCUGGCGGUGUGGUGGGUGGAGGGAUGGCGGGGGUGUGGUGGUUGAAGGUGUUGAAAGUAAUUGGGGGCUAG